AUGAAGGUGACAAUAUUGCUUCUAUGUGGCUUGGCUCUAGCGGCAGCCCAUCCCACCUGGGAAGAAUUCAAGGCUAAAUAUGGCCGCAAGUAUAAGAACUCAGAAGAAGAAAAUCACCGCAAGAGUGUGUUCCAGACAAAUCUUCAGUUCAUCGUCAAGUUUUCAAAGGAGAACUCUACCCACAACGUGGCGAUGAACGAGUUUGGUGACAUGACGAAUGAAGAAUUCAACAAAAGGAUGAACGGAUACGUACCUUCGUCGUCCCGAGAGGCCAACACAGUAUUCAGCCCCCAGACAAGGGUCCUGCCAGCUGCUGUGGAUUGGCGCACCAGCGGCUACGUCACUCCUGUCAAGAACCAGUUACAAUGUGGCUCUUGUUGGGCAUUUUCUGCGACCGGCUCCUUGGAGGGUCAACAGUUCCGAAAAUCCGGCAAACUUGUGAGACUCUCCGAGCAGCAGCUGGUCGACUGUGCCGGCGGUGUUUACCAAAACCAGGGAUGUAACGGUGGCUUGAUGAAUUAUGCCUUUAACUACCUCAAGGCUUAUGGGUCUGACAGUGAAGCUUCCUACCCUUACGUGGGAGUGCAAGGGACUUGCAAGUUCUCAGCAAGCAACAUCGCCGCCAGAGUAACUGGCUAUGUCAACGUAGCUUCACAAAGUGAGAGUGCUCUGAUGACAGCCAUAGCGACCGUAGGUCCCAUCUCUGUGGCCAUCGAUGCCGGCCACUCAUCAUUCCAGUUCUACAGCGGUGGUGUGUACUAUGAGCCGACGUGCUCGUCAACCAAACUUAACCACGGUGUACUGGCAGUGGGUUAUGGUACUGACACCUCAGGAAAAGCCUACUAUAUCGUUAAGAACUCCUGGGGCACCACCUGGGGCUCGGCUGGGUACAUUUUGAUGGCUCGUAACAGGAAUAACAAUUGUGGUAUUGCCACUGCUGCUUCCUACCCGACGGUGUAG